AUGAAUGGAAAACAAUUACAAUACUACAAUUUACCGUUGCCUGAAUGCGAUAGUAAUGAUAGUAAUGUGAAUAUGGAUAAUCAAUUUGAAUAUAUGAGGGAAACACAAUAUGAUAAAUGUAGUUUGAGAACUGAUAUUUCCACUAACGAGCCAAGACUUACAAAUGAACAGAGAUGUGUAUUUGAUACUGUCUACAAUUCAGUUCUUCGCCACGAUGGUAAAUUAUUUUUCAUCGAUGCUCCUGGAGGAACUGGUAAGACAUUUUUAUUAAAGUUAUUAUUGUCGAAAAUAAGACAAGAAGAAAAAAUAUCGUUGUGUGUCGCAUCGUCAGGGAUAGCUGCAACAUUAUUGCCUGGUGGACGAACUGCACAUUCAAUGUUUAAAUUACCUCUCACUAUAAUAAACAACGAUUUACCUGUAUGCAAUAUAAAAAAAGGGUCAGAAAUGGCCAAACUAAUACAAGAAUGUAAGUUGAUUGUAUGGGACGAGUGUACUAUGGCUCAUAAAAAAGCUAUUGAAGCACUGAACCGUUCAUUGAUUGAUCUGACUGGUAAAAAUGAUAUCAUGGGCCGGAUAACAAUUGUAUUUUCAGGAGAUUUCCGUCAAAUUUUACCUGUUGUGCCUCGGGGUACUAAAACUGAUGAAAUACGUGCAUGUAUUAAAUCAUCAAUUUUAUGGGAACAUGUAAUUAGAUUGAAACUUACAUCUAAUAUACGGGUACAAUUGAGUAAAGAACAGGAUUCAGAUGAAUUUAGUAAGUUUUUAUUGGAUAUUGGAGAGGGGAAAUUACCGAUAGACGAAAAUGAACAAAUUUCAUUGACCAAUGACUUUGGAAAAAUUAUUUUUAAUAUCCCUGAUUUAAUAAGUAGUAUUUAUCCUGACUUAACCAAUGUCACUUUAU